AUGUACUUGCUUAUGGAGAAAAUCUCUGUGAAGUUGAGCCAUGCGGGGGCACAUCGCAGGUUCAAGAUUAUGGGGAAUGAUAACCAAAGCCUCUUCUCGAAUCUGAUGACUCAUGUGUCUCAACUAGCUGCUGAAGGUGGACCUGCGUUCGAUAUUGCCUGGCAAGAUGAGGAUGGUGAUGACAUUCUUAUUGCUCGUCCGGAUGAACUUGGGGAAGCCAUUGAAUCGCGAAAAGAUGAUUUGCUUAGACUUCAUACGAUAAAGAAAGUUGGAGAACAGGAGAAUAACGUGAAGGAGAGUAUAAAGGAAGAGCAGACUGAAAAAGAGGCCGAGAAUCCUCCUAAGACUGAAGAGAAUCCGCAGAAUAAUGUAAAUUCUGGCGAAAAUGAUGCUGUUCAUGGAAAUGUGCUUUGUGAUGUAUGCGAUGCUACUAUUAUUGGCAUACGCUAUAAGUGCAUCCUUUGCAGUGACUAUGAUCUGUGCCAGAAUUGUGAAAAGACAGGAGUCCAUGCUCAACAUGGAAUGAUUCGUAUCGUUGAUCCCCUACGUACUUAUAUACCAUGGGGUGCUCGAUUGCGAUACAAUAGACCUCCUGGUUACCAUCACCAACCACAUCCUGCACCCGCUUUUGAUGGCGUCAUUCAUCGCCUCCGUGUACAAGAAAAGAAGGAUCAGCUUAGCGAGCAAGUGGCAAAGGGCAUGCAGUAUCUUACGGAAAUUGGACAAGUUGUCACUAGUGCCCUGGCUAAUUUUGGUAUCGAUGCAAGCUAUGAAGUACAAGUAGAAGAGGAUAAGAAGAAAGAAGAGCAACAGAAAAAAGAAAAUACUGAGGAAAAGAAGGAAAACAAGGAAGCGAAUGCUGAAGCCCAUGUAGAGCAAAAAACCGAGAUUGACGAGGAGAAGGCAAAAGCAGAAAAGCCAGCUGCAUCUGGUAUCAUGAAGGAGAAAAAGAGCAAAUCUGGAAUCAAGAAGCGACAUUCGCCACAACGCCCUCUCCCAAAAUUUGAGACAUUCCCAGAGCUGAAAUCCGCCGAAGAGAUGUAUCGUCGCGCAACAACGAAAACUACCGAAGAGCCGAAGAAAACCACCAAAACCACCGAGGAGCCGAAGAAAGCUACUAAAACCUCCGAAGAGCCUCGAAAAACCUCAGAAAAUCGUCGUGAGCAGGAUGCUGAAAUGAAAAAACACAAAACACACAACUCCACGUUCGGAGUUAGUGAGAAUAGGGCACCGUUAGGAUUUAGUUCAUGGCGAGCUGCGGACUCGUCACGAACACCGUCGUGCUACGAUCGUGACUAUCACAAUUAUGAUCGUUUUGAUGACCGAGACAGACAUUGCUUUGGCUUUGGAAGAGGCGGUUUCGAAGAGCCAGUAGGGUUUGGAUUCGGACGAAGAGAUGAGGGCUUUGGAGCGCCAGCAUAUGGCUUUGGACGAAGCGGCGGUUUUGAAGAGCCAAAAGGGUUCGGAUUUGGACGAAGAGACGAUGGCUUUGGAGCACCAAAAGAGUGCGGUUUUGGCUUUGGAGCAACGAAACCGGAUGGCUUUGGAGCAAAACGCCGUGAACGUCAUGGCUUUGGCUGGCGCACAUUUGAAGAUGAAGCGGCUUCUCCCAGAAGAAGUGGCCGAAAUCGUCGUUACUACGAUCCUUUCGAGGAUUGUUUUGGUGAUUUGGACACUGGAAAGAAGGUGCAUAAUGAGGAGGAUGAAUCUGCGCAUGAAAAUAAGAAAAAAGAGAAAAGUGAAGCAGCUAAGAACGGAACGGGAAAAGAAUCUGAUCUCUUUGGUGAGCUUUGGGAACGCCCAUAUCUACCCAGAAGACCUGCUCAACGACGUGCUGCUGAUGAUCCAUAUGAGAAAUAUCUAGCUGAUUGUGUUGAAAAGAAAAAUGCAGCUAUGAAAACACACAAUGAGGACUUCAGCACCCAUAGAGACAUGAAAAAAUCCAAAAAUGCGGAAAAAGCGAAAACUAAAGAAAAGGAAAGCGCCCCAGAGGGCAAAGAAGCUGAAUCAGUGGAGAAAAGCAAGAAAUACAUGCGUGAACUCAUUUCUAAACAUAAGCAUACUCGUCCGGCUGAAGAAGGUCUCCAAGCAGCUCUGAAGGAGGCUACCCAGGAUACGGAAGAAGAUGAUGGAAAAUGCAAAUGUUUUGUGGCCAAAUUGGGCUAUAGAGAGGAAAGAUCGCCGCUUUGCGCUGCUUGUCAGAAAGCUGCCCGUGAAAAAGCUGAAAAGAUGGCUGAAUCAUCUCCCCAUUCGUCGCCCAAACGGGAGUUUACGUAUGUUCCUGCUCCUGUCCCGGUUGCUACAAGAGAAGAGAAAAAUGAUGUGAUUAGUGAUGAUAGCGCUGAUGAAACUCCAAAAAUUCAGGAACUUCCCGAUGAUGAGGAUAAUCGUCAGAAAUCACCCAUUGAGAGAUUCCAUAUGUGCAGCACCGAUUGUAGCGAUUCAAGUGAUUCCGAAUUUGAAGCUCUAUCGUAUGAAAAUGUAGAAGCGGAAGAAGAAGUCAAAAAAGAAGCUCCUACUGCCCCGUUCCUUACACCGCCUGAAGGAAAUACGCUGAAGAAUUCUGCACCGGAAACGUCCACUGAAACGGCUGCACCUACGACUAUUUACCCUGUUCUCACUCCAGUAGAACCAACACCUAUGCCAGUACAAGAGGAUCAAACUAUUGCGAAUCGUCUAAUCGAAAUGGGAUUCUCGGCUGAAGAAGUGUUCCGCGUUGUCAGAAUGCAUGGAUGCAAUUUUGAACGAUGCAUUGAAGAAAUUCUCGCAAAAGAACCUUGAACACAGGAGCGAUGUUGCAUUGAUUGUUUUUUGUAAAUACUACUAUCCCUAUUUUCAUUCGAACUUGCAUGAUGUUAUCGAACAUUUUGAGAAAUCGAAAAUUAGAAAAAAAAGUCUUGCGUUGGCGUAUCAUGUUUGAAUAUUGUAGAUUAUCUUCUCGUAGACAUGGUCAUUUGUAGACACCAUUGUAUAAAUUUUUUGGAGCAAAA